UAACAUAACUGUCAAACGAUAGUGUUAUUUAUUACUCUACCCCAUCGUUCGGGUUCGUGGAAGUGAAAGUUUUCCGAUAAAAAUAUUAUUUCAAUUUGUUCGCAACACCCGAUUGCUAUUGCUGAAUUCAUUGGGCUGCACAGGAGAAAGAUGUCCACAUCAUGAUUACGCUAUUUUCAUUUUUGGUGAUACUGGUGGUAUUCUACUGGGGAAUCACUUGGCUUCUGCCACAAUGCAUUGGGUAUGUGUUGAAACGAAAGUUCAAUAUCAAAAUUCGUUUCGGUCGGAUUAGCUUACCGUUAUCACUGCGAGAUGUGAAUGUCUGCAAAAGUGGAUUUUCAGUUCAAAUUGACGAGAUCUGCAUACGCAGUAGCUUUUUCAACUCGGAAGUAACGAAACUUUUAUCCAUCAACAUCCGUGACAUAAGAGUCAAUAAGGAUAUUAAUCGCCGAUCAGUUUCGAGUCAGUAUCAAAACUAUCAGCAGAAUGCCACAUCACAAACUGGAGCAACCUCCGAUGGCUGUAGUGACGGCAAGUCGUCGAGCAAGCGCAAAAUUUUGGAUUUUCGUGAGAAAAAAGUGCAUCCAAUGAUCAUAAAGUUUGCCCAAUUCAUGGCCGUUCAUAUUAACAAUGUGUCGGUUGCUUUGCUGAACAAUGAUAACGAUCCGGGCUGGUUGUUGCAUGCCACUGCCAAAGAGCUUCACUUGGAUGGAAGUAUCGUACAUAACACAAAAACGAUGCUCGUUUCUGCUGCCUUAUGUGAUGCUCAAGCGAAAAUACUUCGGCACUGUCCGGUUACCAAGAAAAAACUGGGUGACAAUCAGGCUUGCCUGGGUGAGCUUAGCUUCGGAAUAGCAAUGGAUAGCAUUUUGGUAGCUCACGGUCCAAUUUCGUUGGAAAAACUACAACUCGCAAUGACCAACACAAAGGUGGUUCUUCACGGAGGCUUGUAUGAAUUCAUAAAGGACGCCCAAAGCCAGAAGCGAAGGCAUCAGUUGUUCCUGCGCCAGAACAGUGUCAAUUUGGAUCAAGUUCCGGUGUUCAACGAGUCCGAUAGCAACGGCAGUGGAAGCUACCUCGGAAUAGCUCCGAUCAUUCCGAAGAAUUUUAUCAUCAAAAUAGAAAACACAACCAUUUCGGCAGUGCGGGAAAACAGUUCGAACGAUUUUUCCGCUACCCUGCAGUCUUUCACCAUAUCCGGGAAAUUUAACAAUCGAAAUCUGUCGGAUGAAUGUCGGCUGCCGAUGUUCUACGUUGGAACACAACUGCAACAGUUGGAAAUUGAUACGAUGCAGGAAAAGCUACUGUUCAUGGAACAGUUCAGCGUGGAUGCCAAACUGGAGAAAGAGCUGAUCAAUGUGUACUCAAAGCUGAAGGCGUUCCGUAUGAUUUAUAAUCAUAAGGAAAUUUACGGGUGGAUCAGUAAAAAUUUUUUCUCUAGUGAACGAUUGGCCCGACAGAUGAAUCCUAAAAGUUUAAAGCUGGCGACAAGCAUGAACAGGUCAGCUGCCAGGUUGACUGGUGGCGGAGGACCGUUGGAAGAAUUUUUGAAACGAGUGGUUAUAACCGGCUGUGCGGAACUGUGGAAUGUCACAUCGGUGUUUAAAUUUGGUCCACAAGAGACCUGUUCCAUCUGUUGCAAUCACACGAAGCUGCUGCUGGAGCAGGGAAUUGAGACCCGCGGUGGAGCGUAUGAAAAUCAGUUCCUAAACAUGGUACUCGGAAAACGUCAGUGGAGUGCCGAGCUGAUGAUCGAGUCUCUUUGGUGGUCACUGAAUGGGAACGUUUCAAACAGUAAAGAAUUCGGUCAAAGUCUGAAGAAAAGUCACAUCCGAGGAAGUCCGUUCUACAUCGGAGUCAGUUUGAUCAAACUGAGUAGCUACGGAGAUGCCACGAAGCUUGACUUUACGAUACACACUUUCCGAACGGAAUACAGUCCGGCGUUGGCGGCUUAUCUGUUGCAGGCGAAACAGUGCCUGGAACAGUACCGAUCCAGCGGCCUACCGUCUGGAACGAAGUUGAGUUAUUUUGCCAGCUCGGACGAAGCGGAAAUAAUUCUACCAACUACUUCGUUGAAACGUCCGAAAACCGGAUUAUUGAUCAGUGCCAAGAUAACCGACGUCACAAGUUUCUUUUUCAACAAGUACGAAACAUGUGUGCUGGUUAAUUUGAACGAACUAUCGUUGGCAAAGACGGCGGCCGUAAACAUCCUAAAGCUAGAUCAUUUUCAUAUGGAAAUUUUGGAUUUCAAAAACAUAUCGGGGUCAAACUUUGGUUCGGCAGAGAUGCAGAACACGUUCGCUAAUUUCAAGGUGAUCAGAAUAGAGCACACGGAACAUCAGCAACAUCCGAAGUUGGCCGUUCAUUUCCUUGAGGAUACCGGAGCGAUGUGGAAUGCGAAUCUUCAUAUGCACAUCGUUACACUGUUCGGCGAGAUUCGGGAACUGAAGGCGGCACUGAAGACGAAACAAAUGGCACAACCACCACUGGAACUGCCAGCAAAGCCUGAGGCUGAGCCGGACAGUUCCACCGGAGCGAAGCGUUCCUGGAUCAUUGAUCUGUACGCCGAAGGAAGUGCCGAGCUGGCAAUCAAAAUCAGUGAUCGUCAUUCGAUGCAAGUGUUUAGUGAAAAUUUAUACAUCAGUCGGAAAGAUUUGUGGUUUGUUUCGUUCGAAAACAUAUUUAUCAACAUUGAUGAUCAGCACAUUUUUACGUUCAAAGACGUUGAUAGCCAUCAGCUGGCCGAUAUGGACGUGCUAAGAUCGGAGAGGAAGCACUACGACAAGUUCCGGUUGGCCGACAAUAGAGUUUGGGCGACCACGAUCGGGGUGGUGAGAAUUAUCUUUCCCUAUGAUCACGAUUUUUACGGUGCUAUAGUGAAUGAGUUCGUGUCGAUUUACAAGUGGCUGAAGGUGGUUCAUGGAUAUAGGAAGAAACCGUUCACUCAGGACUCUCCGCUGCCGAGUGAUAUGUUCAUUCAAAUAAAAGAGUUCCUAAUGGAGAUGAGUGAUGAUCCGUUCGAGGUGAAACUUCGUGAUAACUACGUUCUUCUGUUGGACGAAUACAACGAAAGUGUGAAGCGGAAGGAACUGUUCGAUCAGAAAAUUGCCCAGCUAUGCUCGGAACGGUUGCUUUUGCCAGCAGGAACGCUGGAGGAACUAAACGCAAAUUUGAUCAAAAAGAAUUCCGAAAUUUACAUUCAACGAUCGAAGAAACUUUCGGAAACUGGACCACCAAGAACCCGAUUGAUCGCAUGGAUUAUGACGGAUCUGGAGAUUUUGGCUAUGGCGGAUCCGUCGGUGCACGGAACGGACAAUGCAGUUCGAAUGAUUCGCGAGAUAGACGCCGAAAGUCCGUGGCCUGAGGAGGGCAUCGAGUUUGUGACGCUUUGGUGUCGGGCGGUGAACGUGAGUUGCACCGAGUGGAAAUUCAUGCUCCGGGACUAUCCGCAACCGAUGUUUCACGUCAAGGCAAUGCAUUUGUUUGGAUAUCUGGCUGGAGCGGAGAUGGCACCUCCGCGUAGGGCCAAACGGGAUGUCGACAUCGAAAUAGGCGAUCCAUUCGGAACGCAUACGAUCCAGAGAAGUAUGACUUCCAUCAAGUUUUAUCAUGAUUUCGAUUGGGAAUUGGACUACCUGGCGUAUGCGUUCGGUCCCUGUUGGGAACCGGUGAUGGCCCAGUGUAAUUUGAUGAUGGAAAAGAUUUCAGCACCCUCGCGAGAUCCCAGUCCGCCGCUACCAUUCUGGGACAAAAUGCGUCUUCUCAUGCACGGACGCUUAACGAUCAUUGCUAAACAGUUUACCAUUCUGCUGCAUGCUUCACUGGAUCCCUACAACACCACCGAAGAAAUGGAGUUAACCUGGAACAACUGCGGAAUUGUGUACACCAAUGCCAAAAUCAUGUUCAAAGGUGAUUUGAAUGUGUUCGUGCGGACAGCGUCUCGCUACGACGAUUGCCGGCUUCUUCACCUUCCAAACCUCAAGCUAACGUUUAAACUAAACUGGACCUGCCUGGCAAAUCCAAACGAUCACCAUGCCGUCAUCCCAUGUGCUCCUGAUAAACUACCGGAGUAUUCCAGCAAUCAGGUGCACGAUUCUUUCCGAGCGUUUCGUUCGCAAAACCUAAACAUGUGGGUGUCGUUCGAAAUCAAACAGAACAUAUCCGACCUGGACGUGCCGAAUUUGGUUCUCUACGGGAGCACCCUUCGGUGGUUCGAGAGUCUUAAAUUGAUCCUUUCGGGUGUAACCCGACCGACCCGUCGGGGUCCCGUUUUCAACAACGUUCGUCCCCGCAAAAAGCAACUCAGUCGACACUAUCGGAAAGCCAACCUGCAGAUGAGUCUGCACAAGUUUCAGAUUUUCUACUGGAUGUCGCAUGCGUUGAACCGUGGUUUUCAGCUGAACGGGGGCCGGAUCACGUUCAGUUCGGAGCACACGUUGACCCUGUCGCCGAUCGAUGAUGGAUUGAUUCAUCGACCGCGGGCCGAUUGGGCGAUUGUGUACAUGAACUGUGAACUGAACGAUGCGGAGAUUUGGUUGCGCACGACGACGAUCAGCGACAGAGCGGACGGAAGCUCCGAGAGUAUUUCCAACUCUAAUGGCGAUAUUUGCAGAUACUACUUCCUUAGUGUGGCCCGAGUCUCGUACGGACGGGAGGCUCACUUCGUCAACGGAAACGAACGGGAAAAGGACACGCCCACUCAUAAGCUGGUAGUGUACGACCUGAAGGGAGCCUGGACCAAAGAUAACCGGGACGUUGCGUUCGCUUUGUUUGAUUCCUUCAUGAAGAGCCAACGGUUGAAGAAUAAUCUUUCGACCGAAGCACUGAAGUGCUUCCGGAAGGAAGGCAACAAAACUCCGCUAAAAUCUCGGAACAGCCAGGAUAGCAAAGGUACACCAUCCCAGCACCAUUCGGACGGUGGUGGACGGAGCAAUCAGGGGCAUCUGAGCAAACGGCAGGACACCGCGGAUGGGUUGAUAAUGCUGCAGCAGUUGAUUUCGGAAGCAGAUCACAAAUCGGUGGUCUUCAGUGAUGAUUUAUCGGCACAGACGAGACAGCAGCAGUUGAAGGGAUUGCAGGCCUGUCAGGACGGCGAUGUGUUACACUAUAACUGGUUUAUUUCGCUGGUUAACUCUCAGGUUCUGCUGAAAGGUUGCGAAACAUCCGGGUAUGUGAUUUUGAGUGCAGCCAAGGCGGAAAUUUUGCAGCGAGUUCAUCGACCGGUUUGGAGGGAUCAUACCAUCGUAUCGAAAACGACGUGGGUCGGUUCGUUGGAGUGUAUGCAGUACUAUGCUACAGUAAGCGAAGAGGACGGAGAUACGAGAGAAAUGGCAGAAAUCAUGUGGUUAACCGUGGACAAUAUUCAGGAGAAAGAUAAGGAUGCAACUGUGAUAAACGAAUUUCCGGACUUGCCUCACCUGGUUGGGAGUGGUCAAAGUGUAGGCGGAGUAGUUUCGGAGACCGUUGGUGUUUCUGGGGAUAGCUAUAGAGGGGGGAAAUCACCAAUUCAACUACAACGAAUCGUGUCCAGGUGUAAGUGUGAGUUUUUCUACGUAAGCUAUGGGGACACUAGUAUCGAUCCGGGAACAAUCAGUGAGGUUCCGCCACCUCCGGUGGAAGAGAGUUUAAGCCCUUGGGAAAAUCAAGACGAUCCGGUAGAUGCUUUUACCUUGAUGCAUCACGAUUUGGACGUGUGCACGAAUUCGCUCCAGUACGCUAUGAUUUUGGACAUUGUCAACAACCUGCUUCUGUACGUGGAACCUCAGAGGAAGGAAGCUUCGGAGCGGCUCGCUAGGAUGCGUUUCCAGCUACAACUCUACAGUGUGGAAGAUCAGAAACGGCCCAUCCAGCACAUGCAAACAGAAAUUCGUGGCCUGAUGUCGCGCAUUCGGUGCCUGGAGAAAGACAUUCAUUUCAUCACUAAAGCCCGACUGGAGGAAGGUGACAGCGAUGAGUUACGAAUUGAGUACGAUGAAGUACAGAAAAUGAUUCGAGAAUACAAGGAAAUGCUUUCGAACAAAAGUGACGAACUGGAUAUGAUGCUAUCCUGUUACAACGAAAGUCAACUGUCGGCUUCGAAUCGGUUGGCCACCAUUCGGAAGGACAAGCCUCUUACGAUUGUGCGAGCGAAUGAAAUCUGCUUCAAACAUGCUCAGUGGCGGUUGACGGAAGCGGAUGGACAGAUCGGUAUAGCGGAUCUUAUUCUGAGUAAUUUUUUGUACACCAAAAAUUCCCGAAGCGAUGAUUCCGUGGAGCAUCUGCUGGAGCUUGGUUAUAUUCGAAUAAAUAAUCUCAUACCGAGAGAUAACUAUAAGGAAGUUCUUUGUCCGACGGAAAUUCAGCGUGACAUGCCGGUGGAUCACAAACGGGUGCUGCGGGUAUUUUGUCGUGAGAAACCCCCGGUUGGAGGAAUAUCGGUGAAGGAACAUUUUGAGAUCAAUGUCGUUCCGAUCACUAUUGCUAUCUCGAAAAAGUUCUACAACACCAUGCUGAAGUUCUGCUUUCCUGAUCGGGAUGCUUCGGAAACCGAGGGAAACGACGAGAUAGAGGACGGUGCAAGUACCAGCUCUACGUCAUCGACAAAAAGUUCCUCCAAGAAAGCGACCGUUUCUAAGAGCAAGAAAAAUUUGAAGGACAGCAAUUUCUACGUCAAAAUCCAAGACGACGUGGAGAAAAUGAAAGAACGGGCAGAGAAGAACAAACUGUUUAUCUAUAUCAAAAUCCCGGAGGUACCGGUUAGGGUCAGCUACAAGGGUAACAAGGAGAAGAACAUCGAGGAUAUCACGGACCUGUCGCUGUUGAUUCCGACGCUCGAGUACCACAAUGUGACUUGGACCUGGUUGGAUUUGCUGCUGGCAAUGAAAUCCGACAGCCGAAGGGUGCUGCUUUCACAGGCCAUCAAGCAGAAGCUGAAGCUGAAGAAGGUACUAGUUGACGAGCAACCUUCCCCGCAGGAGGAGGACAAAGCUAAAAUGCUUUUCGGAAAUCGUCACGCUGUAAGUUUUUUGUUGUUUGUAUCAUUUUACAAUCGUAGUACGAUAUAUUAUACCAUUAUUUCUUCCUGGUUCUCGCUGUUUUUUGCAUGUACGAUUGUUGGACAACUCGUACGUGUGCUACUAUGGGUACUUCUAUAGAGAGCUAGGAGUAAGGUAUAUGCAUUUAUGGACCAAACCAAAUGACACUAUCGCUACUGCUUUCAUAGUUUUCAAAGCAGCGCACAUUACAUAUUUUGUUGGCUUUAUUUGUGCAGUUGAUUGAUGUUGUGUCAGUUACUAUGACAACACAUCAUCAUCAUGUAUGACUGGUUAUGUAGGGUAAAAUGAUCGUUGGUAAAAUAUUGUUUAAGUCAGGGUACAUAGCGGGGUUUUAUUUUGUUGUUGCUUAUCGCUUUUCAGUCGUUGGCAGAUCGCUUCCAUGCUAGAUAGCACAUUACUGAAGCUUGCUUCUGUUUCCUUCAUUCUAGCCGGAGAACAAAAGUUUGCGCAAGGGAGUGUUCAAGUUUUCCAAAUCCUAAGGAAGGAAACAGCCUUCGUAUCUUAUAUCACAUUUUACAGAUUUUGUAAGCGAAACACGUUGGCUUGGAUCUACACGCACCAUGUGAUGAGAGAAAAUGGUCAGCAAGUUUCAUACUAGUCUUGAAGGUGCGGCUUCAAUUUACGUUUUAGGCACUAUAAUUUAAUACGUCAUAGCCAAAGUUGGUAGCACACAGGAAAGUUUAUCACAGAGUAUUAAUUGUUAGUUUUAUUUAUUUUUUUUAUCUUUUGGUCACAAUUCAAUGAUGAGGUUUAUCAGUUAUCAGGUAACGUGCGUUGAAUAUUUUAGACAGGUUAUUCCACUGUAUUAAAGGGCAAUAUAUGCUGGCUUCAUGUUCACUGUUAGCACCGCCUAAAGCAAUUUUAUUCGUACUGGACAAUAGCUUUCAUAGAAAUGUAUGCCUUUUCGCUACGCAUGGUAAAGUUUCGUUGGUUUCGUUUACAUAUAUACAACCGUGAUCAUGUAAUAAAACAG